UUGUGUUCCUGCUGUGCGAAACCGAGAACCCAAACCCAAGCUAUUCCGGCCGCCCCUGGUCAUGCCGUGUGGCCUCGUGUGUCUCCGUGCUGCAGCCAAGGUGUUGGAUGGAAUGCCUCUGAGGUGAAUGCAUGCAUUGUUAUUGGUAAAAUGGUGCUGAUGCUCCCUUCACAGAUCGCACCAUCUGACAUUAAAACCCUCCUCCUACUCCUUGCUUGUUAGUAGUAAGAAUGUUAGUGGCAUGGCUCUGUUCGCUAGCCCAACAGGCCUGCCCACGAGUGUGUUAUACUGAAAUGUUUGCGGUAUUCCUGUCAGUUUGCAGCCGUAAUUCCUGGUAUGUCACUUGGUAAACCUGCAUUUUGCCCAAUCCAAUAGGUAUUAUCAUGGCUGCAAUGCAGACUUGUGGGUGGUAAGUCACAUCUCACAUCUAAAAAUUUUUAUUCAUGUGUCCUAAACUUUCCUUGAAAAAUUUAUCCAAGAAUUGUCAAGAAUGGCAGCUGAUACUCAGAGGCACAAGGGUGCUCAUUUGCUUGGGUUUUGAAAAGAAAAGUGCAUAUGGUUGUUUAGACCAUCGAUUUUGUUGAACAGUUUUAUAGAGGUGAUUGUACCUUCAAACCAUGCUUCUCUCUCAAAUGUUUUUGUCUAUUUCUUAGUGCUUUUAUAUUGGACAGUUUUAUACAGUCGAUUACUGCUAACUAAUGACUAAUAAUUGGCACCCUUCCCAACAAAUUGUAGAGUAUCUACCAUUAAAAUGAUUUCAUUGUUGUUUUCCACAGCCUUGAAAAGUACUAAUCGACUUAAGAUGUGGUUUGUGUAGAUGCUUCUAAACACAGCUAAACUUACAUAUAUAAUAGCACUAUGUAUAAUGCUUGGACUGAAUUUCUUAGAAGGUAUCAAACCUAUCCUUUCGUAAACAAAUAGCACUGUACAUUUCUGGAUGGGUUGGAGCAAUUAUCCAGUUGAUUUGUAAAUCAAUCUGAGGUAUUCAUAUGGCAGCCAAAGUGACUUUUGAUGAAAAAUAUGCUUUCUUGCCAAUGGUUCAGAUAAUCAGAUAUCAUCAGAACAAAUGGAGCAUCUUUUCCUGUCAUAGAUUUAGUUGCUGAGCAGAGGCCUUUUGCGCCAUGCCAACCCUCUCAUUCAUGGUUUCUGACUGGAAUUGCUUCACCUCCUGGUAUUUUGUUUCUGAAACCUAUGUCCACCACAACAGAGAAUCUUCCUGUUGCCAUCACAGACAGUACUCCAUGGUGUUAUCCACUGUCAGAUUUCAUUGUAUUACAACCUUUCUUUGUUAUCAUGCUAUGUGAUAGCAAGUACCACGUAUCACUGGCAAACAGGUUAUGCAGCAUGUGGUCAUAUGGAUCAGGCUUUUGGUUUCAGACUACGUAUUGCUGUUGUGCCAUUUGUGUAAUAAGCAAAUAGAUACUGUGUGUUUGUGCUAGAUGAUCUUUUCUGUUAUUUGUUAAUAAUAUUUUGGUAAUUCUUCCAGACGUUUGUGUUAGUUCUGUCAUCCAUGUAACCAAUGUACAAGAGUUUUUAUCUUGUAUGUGGGCUCCUGUGGCGCCUGAAAACCUGUUAGCUAGAUGAAUAAUUGACACAAGGCCCAUUGGACUGAAGCAGCAAGCAACCACAAUGCCUGCAAAGUUACUUAGCCGUCAGGGCAGCAGUGUGUGGGCUGUCUGAACUCUGAAGCCUGCAAACUUAUUAAUUCAGCAUUUUGCCCCUACUUGAAGCCGCUAUCGAGUCCAAGUUGCUGUAGAAGGGAGCAAGCAAAGGGAGAUGAAGUUCAGAGUCGUGUGCAGGAAGCUGUAUGAUUAUGUGCGGUACGACCUCAAGGAGAUCGCCUUCCCGUCGUCGCUACCGGACCCUCCUCACAUCAAGAAGCGGCCCAAGCUCACAUGGCAUGAACGCUGGUGCAUCCUCAAGGAGGCCACCCGGCUGUAUGGUGCGUCAUGGGUCCGGGACAUCGGCCCCGACCUCAGGCCCAACGACUACAAGAAGGCGGCCGAGGACGAGGAGGAGCAGUCGUCCAGUGCCAGCCCCAGUUCUGGCAGUGACAAGAAGGGGAAAGCGAGCAGCGAGCCAAGUUUGCUGGAGGACCUUGCUGUUGCCGCUAGGGGCGGCGCAGAGACGCUGAAGCCUGCCCUGCGGCGGAUCUACAUGACCCGCGCGUCCACAUACACCGACGCGAUGAAGCAUUUCGUGGAGACAUACCAGGAGGGGCUCAAGGACCAGCUGCAGGAGAAGGCUGAUGGUGGUGAAGGUGGUGGUGGUCAUCGUCAGCAGCAGCAGGAGCAGGGCGAUGAGGCAUCAAAGCCACCGGCACCAUGACAUCAUGGUAGUGUUCUGCAAGUGAUGACAUCAAGUACUUGUUUCAUCCACCCAAAGUAGAACAAGAUGGUUUGGCUAGAACUGUAGAGUGCAGACCCUGUUAGGUGUUGGCACUGCAGGAGUACUUGAGAAGGAUCUCCAGUUUUGCCUGAUUUAUUUCUACCAAUCUCAAUCUGGGUCCUGCCGAACUACUUUACUUGUAGGCUUUGGCUGCUGGUGCCUAUAAUGAUGUGUGAUCCUCGUUGCUCUCCAGGCCUGUUCCUACUUGCUGAUUGGAACGUGUUUUUGCUUGUGCUUCUCUUGUUUUGCCUAUCUUUGGCGUCUGCCCUGUAAACUCUCUCCAGUUCUAUAAUUCUUGUCGCUUUGGAGUUUGGACAACAACACGGUCUCUAGAAUCUA